AUGAAAUCUUUAGUGUUUUUCAAGUUGUUAGGAGUAUUGGCUUUUGUUUCUAUGUUAUAUGGUGGUGUUCAUUGUAAAGAGUGUACAAACAUUUAUACUCCAUUGUCAUCACAUACUUUUAGAUAUGAGUUAUUGUCUUCAAAGAAUGAAACUUUAAAACAAGAGAUUUUUAGUCAUUACCAUUUGACUCCUACCGAUGAUUCGGCCUGGCUUAACUUGCUUCCUAGGAAGGUGUUGAGGGAGGAAGACGAGUUUGAUUGGGCUAUGACAUAUAGAAAGAUGAAGAAUUCGGGUGAAGUUUAUGGUUUGUUGAAUGAGGUUUCACUCCAUGAUGUGAGAUUGGAAUCAAAUUCAAUGUAUGGAGUUGCUCAGCAAACUAAUUUGGAAUACUUGUUAAUGCUUGAUGUUGAUAGAUUGGUUUGGAGUUUUAUGAAAACAGCUGGUCUGGAGAUUCGUGGUAAGCCAUAUGGAGGUUGGGAGAAACCAGAGAUGGAGGUUCGAGGUCAUUUUGUUGGUCAUUACCUUAGUGCCACAGCACAGAUGUGGGCUAGCACCUACAAUGACAGUCUUGGAGAGAAAAUGUAUGCUGUGGUUUCUGCACUAAAUGAAUGCCAGGAAAAGAUGGGUACAGGGUAUCUUUCUGCCUUCCCAUCAGAGCAAUUUGAUCGCGUUGAAGCUAUACAACCAGUCUGGGCACCGUAUUAUACAAUUCAUAAGAUAAUGGCAGGUCUUUUGGAUCAGUAUACUUUAGCUGGCAAUCCUAAAUCUUUGAAUAUGACUACAUGGAUGGUUGAUUACUUCUACGAUCGGGUGCAAAAUGUGAUCACCAAAUAUACUAUUCAAAGGCACUGGGAUUCGUUAAAUGAAGAAUUUGGUGGCAUGAAUGAUGUUCUUUAUAGGCUGUACAGAAUAACGGGUAAUUCAAAGCACCUAGUGUUGGCUCAUCUUUUUGACAAACCAUGCUUUUUAGGACGCUUAGCUGUUAAGGCUGAUGACAUAUCGAAUUUUCAUGCAAAUACACACAUUCCAAUUGUUAUUGGAUCACAACUGCGUUAUGAAAUUACUGGUGAUCCAAUUUCUAAGGAAAUUGGGAUGUUCUUCAUGGAUAUUGUCAAUUCUUCCCACGUCUACGCAACUGGAGGGACAUCAGCCGAUGAAUUUUGGUCAGAUCCGAAGAGGUUAGCAAGCAAGCUAAGCAAAGAGACCGGAGAAUCGUGUACUACCUAUAAUAUGCUAAAGGUUUCCCGCCACUUGUUCAGAUGGACGAAAGAAAUAGUAUAUGCUGAUUAUUAUGAGCGUGCAUUAACAAAUGGUGUGCUCAGUAUCCAAAGGGGGAGAGAUCCUGGAGUGAUGAUAUAUAUGCUUCCACUUCGACCGGGUGCUUCCAAAGCUCGGACCUACCAUAAAUGGGGAUCGCCGUUUAAUGACUUUUGGUGUUGCUAUGGAACAGGGAUUGAAUCAUUCUCCAAAUUGGGAGAUUCUAUUUAUUUCGAAGAGAAAGGUAAUUCUCCUGGGCUCUACAUCAUCCAGUAUAUAUCUAGCACUCUUGAUUGGAAGUCUGGGCAAAUUGUGGUGAGUCAGAGCGUAGACCCUGUUGUUUCGUGGGACAAUCGCCUUCUAGUGACAAUAAUGGUGUCAUCAAAGGGGAAUGAAACUAGUGCACCAUCUACAUUGAAUCUGAGGAUACCAAGCUGGACAGAUUCAAGUAGCGCAAAAGCAUCCUUGAACGGAGAGAACUUAUCUCUACCUCCACCAGGUAACUUCCUUUCGAUCACCAAGGGUUGGGGCUCAGGUGAAAAAAUCAACAUGGAGCUUCCUAUGAAUCUUCGAACAGAGGCUAUUAAAGAUGACCGUUUAGAAUAUGCAUCGAUACAGGCAAUUCUUUAUGGUCCAUACCUUCUCGCGGGCCAUUCUACUGGCGAUUGGGACAUUGAAAGAAAAUCCACUUCUCUCUCAGAUUUGAUAACUCCAGUUCCAUGGGAGUAUAAUUCUUAUCCAUAA